UAGGUGAAGACUCGAUCAGUGCAGCUGAACAUUUUCAGCCGUAUCUGUCAAACAGGAAAAGGUGGGGUGUUGUUCGACACGGGCACAGUUGACUGUGACACCCAAAACAAAAAGAAGUUUGGUCCGCUGUUCUAACAAACUACCUGCUGCCUGUGUGAGGAGGGACGAGUGAAGAAUGUCCGAGCUAAGCGACGAGGCCAGUGAAUCGGAGCAGCUGGGCGUCAGCCUCUCCUUGUGGCUGGGCGACUCCCUGCUGCGACCCGAGGAGCUGGACGUUCCUCUGGACCUCCACACCGGCUGCUCCAUCGGCCAGUACGACGUGGUGGCAGAGUGCAUCAAAAAACGUGAGGUGAAUCUGGAUGGAAAGAAUAUUGGAGGCUGGACCCCGCUGAUGUAUGCAUCGUACAUUGGACACGACAACAUUGCCAAUCUCCUGCUGGAGGCCGGUGUGAAUGUCAAUGCUACCACUGCCAAAGGUCUGACCCCCUUGAUGCUGGCAGCGAGCUGUGGCAAUGAAAGUAUCGCAUACUUCCUGCUUCAGCAAGGUGCAGAGUUGGAGCUGAAGGACUCCCUUGGCUGGACUGCUCUGUUCCACUGCACUAGCACAGGCCACCAGCAGAUGGUCAAGUUCCUGCUGGAUAACAACGCUGAUGCCAAUGUCAAGGAGCCAGGGUCUGGUUUCACUCCCCUGAUGGAGGCUGCUGCCUCUGGCCAUGAAAUCAUAGUUCAGUACCUGCUUGAUCACAAAGUUAAAGUGGAUGACCGCAAUGUUAAAGGAGAGACUGCCCGUGCGCUGGCAAUGUUGUACGGCUAUACCAAGAUUGUCAGCCUCAUUGACUCUCGUUCUCCAAGGAUGAAACCAGCAGGACACUUUGAAGACCUAAGCUCCUCGGAGGACUCGGACAGUGCGCCCCCGAGGAUAAGGCCAAGUCGAAACCGAGCUAAAGGCAUUAGCAUCCAUGAUGGGCCUCAGGCCAUCGCCAAGUUCCGAGUAGGAGGCACCAGCAAAUUGUGUGAGCCUGCUGCUGCCCCACCUGGCUACACGACAUUCCGUGACACUGGUGAACAGAGUGAGGGCCUCUGCUACCGUGAUGUGACCUCACCUAUCAACGAGCUGGACGGCCAGAGCAACAGCAGCAGAGAUGACAGUCCAUUCUUUGACAAUGACAUGCCCACCAUGAGGAGCAGUAGCAGCAGCAGCGAAGGCCUGCCUCCCGUGAUUGGCCUCAACUGGGAAGGCUCUGUGGAAAGUAACGAGGACUCUGACCAGUGCAAAAAGAGCAGCUCUCGCAGAUUGAGUAAGAGCCAUCACUCAAAGGGCAAGAGUCGCCACGGAAGCAACGAGGCAGCUCACUCCAGUGGCACAGGGAACUGUGGGGUCCGCUCACACGUUGUUCCUCCACCUUCGUACAAUGGUCCAAAGGCAUGUGAUCUUGCAGAGUUUUUGAGGCAAAUUGGCUUCUCCAAGUAUCUCCCAUUACUUGAGGAGCAAGACAUUGAUCUGCGGAUAUUUCUCACCCUGACUGAGAACGAUCUCAAAGAAAUAGGAAUCACAUUGUUUGGUCCCAAGCGUAAGAUGACCUCAGCAAUUGCAAGGUGGCACAGCAACGCUCGACAACCCAGUGAUGCUCUGGAACAGGCUUAUGCUGACCAACUUGAGGCUGAGAUGCAGGAAAUGGCCAUUCAGCUGCACAAGCGCUGUGAGGAGGUGGAGAACCUGCAGAGCCAGGUGUCUCAGGAGAAGGAGCUGCGUACUGUGAUGGAGGGAUGCCUGAUGGAGGACAAGAUGGCAUGGAGGAGGGUCCACACUGAGCUGGUGGAGAACCACCGGCUGACUCAGGACAUGAGCUCAACACUAGCGAAGGCCAGGACCUGCUGCGCCGAACUGCUCUCCUGCCUCGACACUGAUGGCAAGGGCAGCUCUGAUACUGGUGUGGAAGACAAAUCAGAAGAUGAUGCUGGUGUUAAAGCUGUGGAGGGCCUGAAAUGCUCCAGUGUUGUCGAGCUGAUGAAGAAGCUGGAUUCUUGUGAAGAACAACUGGCAGGGACGCUGAUAACUGUGCUGCAGAGCCUGAGGCGACUUAGUGCCCCUGAAAAAGUGUCCGAUAGCUGGGAACGGCCUUAGCUUUUCAGGGGUUUCUGCAAAUAUUCGACGGAGGGUGAUAAAAAACCACCCUGAACAAUCUCACUGAAAUGGGAGAAGGCCAAAGACGCGGACAGCCCUUCCCAUCGGGCUCGAAGCAGAAAGACCUGCCGUCCCUCAAGGUUUGGCUGAAAUAACCAGAGCUCGCCAGCGGUGACAAGGCCGAGGUUAACGGCAGCUGCUGCAGGGAAACGAUAAGCAGGCAGGAAGGGCACCUGACCCCCGCACGCUUGUGCUGGUGAACACUGGUCUCCGGUUGUUGUGAUGUGAAAAUGCACAGAGGAGGAGGAGGGACUGAUCGUGGAUCAGAGGCUGUAAUACUGUGAAGCAUUUGUUUAAAAAACUGUACUCUCUCUACCUAUAUGAAAUGUGGUUUAAAUUAUGUUCAUGCCACCAGGUAAAGAGGUACAUUUCUUAGAAGUAAAGCAGUAGUCUGUCUAGUUGAAUUAAGUUCAGCGGUGAUACUUUGGGAUUUGAAUGAAUUCUUCUCAUUUGUAUGCUGUUUGAAAAUAAUGUCCUGCUGAAUGCAUAUCGACGAGUAUAAAAAUCCUAAUAAGAAAAAUUGUAAGAAAAUUUUAAAGACAUGUCUGUGAAUCAUUGACAGCAACACAUGACAUCACACCAGGGAAGGUCUCUUCAACUCACUGUCGUUUUGGGAAAACGGGUUAUGGACAAAAUGAUAACAUUUCAAAACUGCCAUUUAUUAGAGCAAAAAUACAAGUUUAAUAUUCUUUUUUAUAAUUGAAGGUCCAGAUUCAGAUUUAACUCAGUGACGUAACACACUCAAGUAAUAGUAUGAGAUAAUGCUUGAGAUUCAUGGUUGUAUGUGGACUAAAAUUAAAACCCAGUUGCUUGUAA